AUGGUUUCACUAUUAUUAUUAUUAUUAUUAUUAUUAUUAUUAUUAUUAUUAUUAUUAUUAUUAUUAUUAUUAUUAUUAUUAUUAUUAUUAUUAUUAUUAUUAUUAUCAUCAUCAUCAUCAGAAUCAUCAUCAGAAUCGUGA